AUGCCCGAGUUCUUCCCGGCCUUUAGGCCGGAGAAGCGCAAGAAGCCGAUCCUCUUCAAGAAUGCACGUAUUUGGGAUGGUCUCUCAGAUGCUCUAUCCGAUCCGCAGGAUGUUCUUGUGGUUGGCAACCUGAUCCAGGACAUCGGGGAAAACAUCAGUCCAGACAACUGGGGGGCAGUCAGUGUAGACUGCACCGGUCACACCCUUAUGCCUGGACUGAUUGAUAUGCACAGCCACCUUGCAAUUCAGGAGGGUAUGCUAGAGGGCCGCGAUGAGUUUGAUCAGAUGGCAAUGGGUGCCAUGUGUGGGCAGGAUUGCAUCGACUAUCUUUUGCAAGGCUUCACCACAUGCCGUGAUGCUGGGGGCAACGUGCUUGGCAUGGCGCGUGCGAUAAAUGCUGGGCGGAUCCCAGGCCCGCGGAUCUUUGCGUGUGGGGCAUUCCUCAGCCAAACAGGAGGCCAUGGUGACACUGGCUGCUGCUUUGACCAGCCUGGCGAUGCUGAUGCUUUGGAGAGAAAUGGCUUCUCCCAUAUUGUGGAUGGAAGGCCCGAGAUGCUGAAGGCCGCCAGAAAUAACUUGCGCAACGGAGCCACGCAGUUGAAGAUUAUGGCUGGUGGCGGUUGUGCCAGUGCUUUUGACCCCAUCCAUGUGACUCAGUUCACAGAAGACGAGAUGCGCGCAGCUGUCGAUGUGGCAAGAGACUACGGGACCUAUGUCAUGGCCCAUGCCUAUCAUGACGACUCCAUCAACAGAUGCCUCGACGCUGGCGUGCGUUGCAUUGAGCAUGGAUUCCUGAUGUCGGAGCCGACCAUGAAGCGGAUUGCAGAUGAAGGAGCUGCCAUAAGCCUCCAGUCCUGCAUGUCUUUGGAGGCUUUCGCUGAGCCAGAAAAGAUCACCAUCUUUACCAAGGAUCAGAAGAAAAAAGCGGCAACUGUGGCUACAGGUGCUAAGAAGAUGAUGGAGUUCGCCCGAAAAUACAAGCCAGUGACGAUCUCUGGAGGGGACAUGUUCUCUGAAUCUGUGAAGCAUCGACAGGCAGACAACAUCAUCACACUGGUGACCUUGGCAGGGUUUUCCGCGGCCCAGGCCUUGCGCACUGCAACAGGCGAUGCAGGGAAGGUGCUGGCAUGGAGUGGAGGAAUGAAUCCUUACAGGGAUGGCCCACUUGGGAUCAUUGCCAAAGAUGCAUACGCAGAUAUCAUAGUGCUGGAUGGUGAUCCUCUAGAUAACAUCAGUUGUCUCAAGCGAGAUCGGGUUCGAAUUGUGGUGAAAGAUGGUGUGUGCUACAAAUACACACUGCCGGCGGGAAAGGCCUCAGAGCCAGAGGGCCUACCACCCUCCUUGCUACCUGCAAGCCAAGACUAA